GAGGCUCAGCAAUGCCGCGAGGGAGUGCCUUAAGGCUAUGAAGUUGGACCCUGCUUAUGUCAGAGCUCAUAAGAGACUUGCUUCACUUUAUCUUAGGUUUUGACAGGUUGAAAAUUCGCGGCGGCACUUGUGUCUCUAUGGGAUUCACGAGGAUCAAUCUGAGGAGCAGAAGCUAUUGUUAUUGGAGAAGCAUUUAAAUCGUUGUGCUGAUGCAAGAAAAUUUGGUGAUUGGGAGAUGGCGCUUAGGGAAUCAGAAGCAUCCAUUGCUGUUGGAGCAGAUUUUUUGCCUCAGCUGUUUGGAGUUUUCAAAAUGCAACUAAACAAGGUUGCUAAGAAAGCUGGUGGAGGCUUGAAGAAGGCUAUUGAUUUCUACGAGGAAGUGAAGGCAAAGCAUCCUAAGAUUACAUAUGCAGACCUCUACCAGAUGAAACGAAAGGAUAUAAGCAUUGAUAAAGUAUAUGAUGCACGUGCACUAAGAGUAGUUGUGGGAGACAAGAAUGGAACUUUACACGAAAGGAUAUAAGCAUUGAUAAGUAUAUUUAUUUUAACUUUUUUUCUUAUAAAUAUUACGAGUUCUGAAUAUGUUUAUGUGUCUAAAUUUUUUAUUCCAGUGGCAGCUACACUCUCAUAAUAAUACAUAUAUAUUUUACCAUUAAUUAUUUUUUU